CCGCAAACUCUCCCUUUGCAGUGUCACACAACCGGACGACGACCCCGUGCGCGCCUUGUCCUCUACGCCGUCGACGUCCCAGAAACUCGAUAUUUAGUUGCACUGUAGGUCUGCUGCAGUUGCUGCGGCCUAACGUGCAAAAAUGUCGACGUCGGCCAUCACCAAGUUACCGCCCGUUGUGCGCAGCCCGACAACGCUUCAGUACCUCGAAUACCUGGGCAACCGAUCACACGACCCAUACUUCAAACCGAGAUUUACAUUCCGCAGCGAAGACCGGAAGCACACCUUUGGCUUGCCAGAAAUCCGAAAUACAGACCCUUUGAUGCCGCCGUAUCCCUACGGCAAGAACCCGCACUUUAAAGAAGCCAACUUCGGUCUCUACGGCGGCGCCACGCUCCAGUCCGGCAACAAAAUAUCCAAAGGCCGGAACAAGGGCAAAACACUACGGAAAUGGUUUCCCAACGUCAGAAUCGAGACGCUACGGAGUGAGGCCCUGGACAAAGAGCUCAAGAUCCCAGUCACGGCUCGUGUGCGGAGGACGAUUGAGAAAUGCGGUGGACUCGACCAAUAUGUCACGGGCACGAAACCCGCACGGAUAAAGGAGCUGGGUCUGUUGGGAUGGAAACUCCGAUGGCUAGUGAUGACGUCCCCUAGAUGGCAGGAGAGAUUUGCGAAGCAACGGACCGAGCACCAGUUGCCGGAAGAGUUUUCAUUGACGAGUACCUUUGAGGCUGCUUGGAACAAUGAAAGCAUCAGAGCCAAGUUCAUCAAACAGCAAGAGGAGGCGUGGAAUGAUCUCCGUGAAGCAGCCGUGAGGUUCGAGAGGCAUGUGCAGAAACACUGGAUCGAGAAUGGAGAGAAGGAACCAUAUGAGAUUCCUAAGCUGGAGACGUUGCAAAGACGCACUCCUAGUACGUUGGAUCUGCCGGAGCGACUUGCAAGAGAACAGACACGUGAGAAGCGUGCGGCUGCUAAGAAGGCAAAUGCCGAAGUGCAAAGCAACAUCGAGAAAGAGAAAGAGAAAACGGCAGCCGAUGCAGAGUAGGUCGCAUUGAACAAAUUGUCUAGCCAUUUCCAUGGAGCGGUUGUCUCAAGAAGGGAGACAGAGCGGAAGCCCGGAAUGAGCUCUUUUUCAAACGCGGGAAGCCUUGUUUGAUUGGAGAGUCAACCAUUUCUUGGAGCAUGCACCAAGAUGGCGUUCCCACACGCGCGGUCGCCAUGUCGAUGGGAUAUCUGCCUCGAAACUUGAUGUCAGUCCAUGACCUAUUUACUGGCCCUAGGCGCGGCAUGUAUACUACGGAUUUUAGAAGGGACUGAUUGAAAUGCCAUGUCACGGCAAAGACUGGCCCUGUACGUCUGGCAUAAGAGAUAGGGGCAUUACUUCUUCUCUGUCUGAAUAGAGCGUCAUAUUGUGCCAUAGUACCUAAUUCAGCGCAAGGGACACAUGAAUCCUCCUUCACUCAGAA